AAAAACCCAAUAUAAGUUAUGCACCGUAUGUGUUAAAAAGAAGAUUCAUGUAAUCCGCACAUAAUUACCUCCAAAACCAAAAUCUUGUAUUUUUCAGACUUUGAUUAAGUUCCUCGGAUGUCUCGAGAAAGAGCCAAACGUGCUACACUCCCUCCAGCUCAGGAGGUGCCGUUUGAUUUCAAGAUUCAUCGAUUUGUUUUCUUUCUCAAUAUUGAGAAGUUGGAAAAGGUUGUAAAACAGGGAAAUUACUAUGGAGCUCAACAGAUGUUCAAGUCUAUCAGCGCAAGAUAUGUGUCUGCUGAGAGGUACUCUGAAGCUUUGGAUAUUCUUGAGUGUGGUGCUUGCUUACAAUUGGAGAAUGGACAGGUUACCUGUGGGUCAGAGCUUGCACUGUUGUUUGUUGAAACUCUUGUAAAAGGAAAAGUUCCUUAUAAUGAAGAGACUCUUGAACGUGUCAGGAAAAUCUACGAGAAGUUUCCUCGACCUUCUGUGCCACAAAAUUUGGACCUCGCAGAUGAUGAUGAUGAUAAUAUGCAAAAACUUUCUGAAGCCAUUGCGGCAGCCAAAACUCGAGUGGAAUGCUGCUCUUCCUUUUUAAAAGCGUCUCUCAAGUGGUCAACAGAAUUUGGUGCACUCAAGUAUGGAUCUCCUGAGCUGCAUGAGAUGCUGGCAGAAUAUAUAUAUUCUCAAUCUCCCGAAGUGGACAUGGUUAAAGUAUCUUUUCAUUUCGUUAGAGGAAGGAAUCUGAAGAAAUUUGCUUCGACUAUCAUAAAUUUCACCGGCAAGUGCUAUCCAGGAGAGGAUGAUUUGGCUAUUGGGCGGGCAGUUUUGAUGUACUUGUCUCUGGGAAACCUGAGAGAUGCUAACAAGCUCAUGGAUGAGGUGGAAAAGGAAAUGCAGUCGAAGCAUCUUGACUUUCCUCAGUCAGAAUUAAUGCAGUUUGUCAACUACCUUUUGCUGACGUUGCAGAGAGAUGCUUUACCUCUCUUUAAUAUGUUGAGACAGAACUACAAGUCUAGUAUAGAUAGAGAUCCUCUAUUUAAUGAGUUGCUAGAUGAAGUUGCAAAGAAGUUCUAUGGCGUACAACGUAAAAAUCCUCUUCAAGGCAUGUUUGGAGAUAUCUUCAAGAUGAUGGGAAGCGAAUAGUAUGGGAAAGAGAUUAUUUCUUCAACAUGAUCUCACAUCUAAACAGUGUGUCCUGAUAGACUAGUUGGUUCAUUCAACACCAAUCCAAGUUGUCCAUGAAAUAUACCCUGCAGUUAAAUGCAUGUGCUUGCCAUAUUAGUCAUGUUCGGUUUGGCUUUAUGAAUAAUGUUGCAGAAUGAGGUCAUGCUCAUUGUUUGCUCAAGGUUCCUCUUGUUGUUGCCAAUAUGUGAUCCCCUUUGCAAAUAUGUCUAUUUUGAAAUCCAAAUAUUAUUACCUGUCCUUUUGCCCGUGUUCUUACUUUUGCACAAUAGAUGGAACCUCUUCAGUUCAGUUA